AUGAACAUCUUUAGAAUCCUAGGUGAUAUCUCUCAUUUGAUAAGCAUCUUGAUCCUAAUACAUGCUGUAUCAACAACAAAGUCUGCUCAAGGUAUCUCAUUAAAAACUCAAGCAGCUUAUGUCGUAGUCUUUGUGAGCAGGUAUCUUGACCUCUUUUUCAGAUAUGUGUCACUUUACAACACGCUGAUGAAACUCUUUUUCAUUGUCUCUUCCAUUUACGUUGUGUUUUUGUUAAAUCGGUACAAAAAGAACAGUGAAAAGACCAAUGAUAUUUUCCCAGUAUGGUAUCUCUUUGGAGGAGCGUUCGUUUUCGCUUUGAUCUUCAACUACGAAUUUAGUAUUGUGGAGAUUUUGUGGAGCUUCAGUCUUUGGUUAGAAAGUGUUGCUAUCAUUCCGCAAUUAGUGGUUCUUCAGAGAACGGGAGAAGCUCAAUUACUAACCACACAUUACAUAUUUGCACUUGGAUUAUACAGAGCGUUAUACAUCCCCAAUUGGAUCUACCGUUACUACACAGAGGGUCGCAUGGACAAGAUUGCAGUCAUUUCUGGUAUCUUACAGACUAUUGUCUAUUCUGACUUUUUCUACAUUUACUACAAGAAAGUAGUUAAGAACUUGAAAUUCAAGCUGCCAGAAUGA